UGGAUGCUUCAGUGGAAAGAGCGCCCUGUGGAAAUCACAAGAAUACUAAGAACUCCCAAGAGCCCCCAAAGGGCUGUAAAUGAUGAAAAAGGAAAAGCUAGUUGUAUGAAACCGGGUCUCUUUCCUUCAUCCUUUCUCAUCAAAGCAUCAUCUUGAAAACCUUUUGGGGUCCCUUCUCCAAAUGUUCUGUGCACUAUGAGUGGGAAGAGUCCUAUAGAGGGCAGCUGGAAUGUUAAAGCCAGAAAGAAUGUCUCAGCUGCAACAAUCCACCAGGGUGAAGGAGAAGGCCCACUUGAUAUCUGGGCCGUUGUAAAGCCUGGAAACACCAAGGAGAAAAUUGCAUUCUUUGCAGCCCACCAGUGUAGCAAUAGGGUAGGAGCUAUGAAAAUAAAAAGCACCUGGGAUAUUGAUGGAAGAGCUAUUAAAAGAAGGAAAAAAUCAGGGGAUCUUGGAAAGGGUAAAAUACAGUUAGAGAAUUUGAGGGAGGUCAACAACAGAUGCGACCAGUCUGAGCCAUUUGCCUGUACCACCGAGCACUGUUCCGUGCAUUACAUGAAUGACAGUGGGGAUGGAGUCUACACUGGGAGACAUCUGUCAGUUAUACAGAUGGUUGCCUUCCUCGAACAAAGAGCCAGUGCUCUGCUAGCUAGCUGUGCAAAAAACUGCAUAAACUCACCUGCCAUUGGGAGGUUUUCUGGUCAUUCCAAAGGGAUGCCCCCAGCCCCUGAGCCCUUCUCUGACCUGGGAGCUUGUGACGAACCCCCGGAAAGGAAAAAUCCUGAGGUUGGAGAACCACAGGGUGAACCAGUGCGUGUCCUUGACAUGGUAGCCAGGCUGGAGUCUGAAUGCCUGAAGAGGCAAAGCCAGCGCGAACCUGGAAGCCUGUCACGAAAUAACAGCUUCCGGCGAAAUGUAGGCAGAGUUUUGCUUGCAAAUAGCAGUCAGGCAGAUGAAAGCAAAACAAAAAAAGAUGAACUGGAGGCACCUGACACUCAGGUGGGUCCUGUGCAGUCUGUCUCUGAGGAUUGUGGCCCUGCAAGAAUCGACCAUUGUUCUACAGGGGAUUGGGCCUGGGACAGUGCCCCUCAUGAUUGUCUCUCACUCCAAGCAAGUGUCAAUUUCUGCACAGGCAGUGUAGAAUUAGAGCGAGGUCAGAAAACUGCCAUGAAAACCAGCAGCAGGCAUGAUGUGAAAAUGGCAGAUGAACUUCAUGGAUUAUCUUUUUCUUCUCACAUCUGUCCCCAAGCCACUGAAUUACCCUCAGACACUAUUGUUUGUGUGAGUACAGAGCUUGUGCCACUCACUAAUCAAAAGCCUGUUCAGAGAAAAAUCGAAUCUUUGUGCAUUAGUGUUACUGUGUCCAAGGCAGAGGAAGACCAGUCUUCUACCUUAAACUCCCACGAAGAUCCACUCCCAGGGAUGUUGUUUUUCCUGCCACCUGGUCAGUAUCGGUCAGACUGUCCUCAGCUGAAUGAGAGCACAGAACCAGAGGACUCAGAAGCCAGCCAGCUUGAAGGCACUGCUGAGGAGGAUGGUGCUGAGGAGAGGGGUGUUUUUGCCAAGCCACGCGCACCACCAGCUUCUGCAGUGGAAAGCACAUUGCCGGCUCUGGAAGCAGCCACUUGGAAGAAGCAGGUGUCUCAUGACUUUUUAGAGACCAGGUUUAAAAUCCAACAGCUUCUGGAGCCUCAGCAGUACAUGGCAUGUCUGCCCCACCACAUUAUGGUGAAAAUUUUCAGGUUACUUCCUACCAGGAGUUUAGUGGCUCUUAAAUGUACCUGCUGCUAUUUCAAGUUUAUCAUUGAAUACUACAACAUCAGGCCAGCAGAUUCACGCUGGGUUCGAGACCCACGCUAUAAAGAGGAUCCUUGCAAGCAAUGCAAGAAAAAAUAUGUGAAAGGGGAUGUGUCCCUAUGUCGGUGGCAUCCCAAGCCCUAUUGCCAAGCAUUGCCCUAUGGGCCUGGGUACUGGAUGUGCUGCCACCGGCCUCAGAAGGGUUUUCCUGGCUGCAAGCUGGGGCUUCAUGACAAUCACUGGGUCCCUGCCUGCCACAGUUUUAACCGGGCAGUGCAUAAGAAAGCAAGAGGGGGUGAAACUGAAGAGGAAUCCUAAAGGCCAGGAAGAAGACUUGGCACUAUCGGACUUUCAGAGGAGUUCAUUGCAGGCUCUCUGGAAGUCCCCAGGCAGGGUUUCCAGGAAUAUUUCUCGCACUGGCACCAUUUAACAUGAGGAAAUAGUGCCCUGUGACAAGAACUGCAAGGCUCCUGGAUGAAAAAUAUACCUAAAAGGAAGUCUGGUACCUCGCCUUAGACCUUGUAUGCUUGAUGUGAGAUUGGUGUUUGUGGGUGGAGAUGGAUUUCAUGCCCUGUGGUGUUUACAGUGUACAUAAUGGUUGUGUUUUCAUAGGGCUGUGGAAAUGCACAUUAGACCUGAGCACCUUUACUUUUAAUGAGUGCUUUGGCCCCUCUGUAUAUAACACAGUUAAAAUCCAGUUGUAUAUGAUGGAGAACAUAAAUAAAAACUAGGAUAGUGUUGCAACUAUAAUUGUUUAAUUAUCUUAGAAUUUGUACAUCUUGUAUAAAAUAUGAAUGUUUUCAAAUAAACUAUGAAUGUUUUCUGUAUAAUAUAUGAAUGUUUCUGGAAGAAACUAAAUAGGUAAGAGGUUAACCUGUUCAAAGGAUACCAAAUAAUGGCUUAACUGGACAACCUUAAAAUUAGUCUAGCAAAUCAUCCUCCCUUAUAUUUUAGUGAUCCACCAAGAAUGAGAGACUAUUGUAUAGUUAGAGUAUAAUGUCUUGUCUGUUUUUCCUUUCUGUCUGGUUACAGAUUUUUUUUUUCCAAACUUCAAUAAAAACAUCAUAAAUGGGACCUAA